CUUUUUCCACAGCGAAGCAGCGAUCAUCUUUUGCACGCAGGUCAGUUCGAAUAUUAUGUUCUUGAUGAUUUCAUCGUCAAGAUCUCCUUCCAUUUCUAUAAAUUUCCUUCUUCCUGCUUUCACUCCGAUUAAUUCAUACUCUGCCAAGAAUUUGAAAUUUUUACUUGUAAUGUCAUUUUGUUGUUCAGUUCUCAAUUGUUUACUUUUCACUCCUCGUCGUCAGUCAGUCAUCGUAGUGUGACCGGAUUUCGCAUCGGUUUUUUCUUCAAAAUGUCACAUAGAUAGAGAAUAUUGCACGCUAGCUAUUUGAUUUUGUCUUUAACUUUCAGGAUUACGCUUUCUCUAGUGCUUUUAUCUGUAAGUUCUUCUCAAAACCCCUAAUAUCUAACGGUUACUUGUUCAAUAGGGUUUGAAUUUGAAACAAAUUUCUAGCAUUACCUUAACAGACAGACAGACAGAUUUUGCAGGACUUUGAUAUUCAUCAAUCCAUCCAUACUCUGAUUCAAACUUGUACAUAAAAAAGGAUUUUAACUAUUUUUUUUUCCACAUUAAUGGCAUCGAGAUCAUGUGCAAAUCUUUUGGAUUUCGCUAGCGAGGGUUUACUAGACAUUCCAUCUACUCCUAGAACACUUCCGCGGGUCCUGACCGUGCCUGGAAUCAUAUCUGAUUUCGAUAGUGAAUCAGACGUUUCUUCAUCCUCUUCUCGUGAGAGGAUGAUUAUCGUCACCAAUUUCCUUCCUCUACAUGCCCAGAGGGAUGUCCAAACAGGCAAAUUAUGCUUCAGUUUCGAUGAGGAUUCACUGUAUUUACAAUUGAAGGACGGUUUAUCACCAGAGGCUGAGGUCAUUUACGUCGGUUCUCUCAAGGUCGAUGUAGAUAUUUCGGAACAAGAUCAAGUUUCUCAGAACCUCCUCGAUAAUUUUAACUCUGUACCGACCUUCCUUCCUCAUGAUCUUCAUAAAAAGUUCUAUCACGGCUUCUGUAAGAAACAGUUAUGGCCUCUCUUUCAUUAUAUGCUUCCUAUGUGUCCAGAUCGUGGCGAUCGCUUUGAUCGCCACCUCUGGAAGGCAUACGUAUCCGCAAAUAAAUUAUUUGCUGAUAAAGUUAUGGAGGUAAUCAAUCCCGAAGAGGAUUUCGUAUGGCUUCACGAUUAUCACCUCAUGGUUCUUCCUACUUUCUUAAGGAAGAGAUACAAUAGAGUCAAGUUAGGAUUCUUCCUUCACGGUCCAUUCCCUUCAUCCGAGAUAUACAGAACUCUUCCAGUUAGAGAUGAGAUUCUUAAAGGAUUACUCAACUGCGAUCUUAUUGGUUUCCAAACAUUUGAUUACGCUCGUCACUUCUUGUCUUGCUGUAGUAGAAUGCUAGGCCUUGAUUACGAAUCCAAACGAGGACAUAUCGGACUUGAUUACUUUGGUCGUACUGUUUACAUCAAGAUCCUACCCGUGGGUAUUCAUAUGGGCCGACUUGAGUCCGUCAUGAAUCUAACGUCGACGUCUAUCAGAGUUAGAGAAUUACAGGAGCAGUUUAAAGGCAAGAAGAUGAUAAUUGGAGUUGAUGAUAUGGAUAUUUUCAAAGGCAUCAGUCUGAAAUUACUAGCCUUUGAACAACUGUUGUACGUUCAUCAAGAAUUGCAAGGGAAACUGGUUCUAGUUCAGAUAGUUAAUCCUGCUAGGAGUUCGGGUAAGGACGUUCAGGACACCAUGAAGGAAACUUAUACAACCGCUAAGAGAAUCAACGACAAGUUUAGCUCUUCCGAUUAUGUUCCUGUGAUUCUCAUUGAUCGUCCGGUUGCUCGUUACGAGAAGACCGCCUAUUAUGCGGUUGCAGAAUGUUGUAUUGUGAAUGCAGUUAGGGAUGGGAUGAACUUGGUUCCUUACAAGUACAUAGUCUGCAGGCAGGGUAUGAUGGACGACAAGCGGAGGACGAGUAUGAUUGUUGUUUCGGAGUUUGUGGGCUGUUCGCCUUCUUUAAGUGGGGCGAUUAGGGUUAAUCCGUGGGAUAUUGAUUCUGUGGCAGAGGCUUUGUAUUUGGCGAUCACUACGCCGGAUUCGGAGAAGCAGUUGCGGCAUGAGAAACAUUAUCAGUAUGUUAGUUCCCAUGAUGUGGCUUAUUGGGCACGCAGUUUUGUGGUUGAUUUGGAAAGGUCUUGUAAAAACCAUUAUGCUAAGAGGUAUUGGGGAAUUGGGUUGGGUUUGGGUUUUAGGUUAGUUGCGCUUUCGCCUAAUUUUCGGAAAUUGGCUAUCGAUCAUAUCGUGUCGGCGUAUAAGAGGACUAGUAAAAGGGCAAUAUUUUUGGACUAUGACGGUACUCUAAUUCCACAGAAUUCUAUUAAUAUGCGGCCCAGUGCAGAGAUUAUAGAUGCUUUGAAUACCCUUUGCAAUGAUAAAAAAAAUACUGUGUUUAUUGUUAGCGGGAGGGGGAAAAGUUCUCUUAGCGAGUGGCUGGAUCCGUGUGAAAGACUUGGAAUAGCAGCUGAGCAUGGGUAUUUUGUAAGGUGGAGUAGGAACUCUGAAUGGGAAUGCAGUAUGUCGUCUGUGGACCUUGAAUGGAAGGAAAUUGUGGAACCUGUGAUGAAAUCAUAUACAGAGGCGACUGAUGGUUCUAGCAUAGAAGCCAAAGAGACUGCAUUGGUAUGGCAUCAUCAAGAAGCUGACCCUGAUUUUGGUUCCUGCCAAGCUAAAGAACUUGUGGACCAUUUAGACAAUGUACUUGCAAAUGAACCUGCGGUUGUUUACAAGGGUCAGAAUAUCGUCGAGGUCAAGCCCCAAGGAAUAAGCAAGGGGUUGGUUGCGGAGAAGGUUCUUUCGACAAUUUCAAAUGAUGGGACCCCGCCAGGUUUUGUGAUGUGCAUUGGAGAUGAUAAGUCUGACGAGGACAUGUUCCAGGGUAUAUUGGGCAAUGUUUCAGAGGCCUCUCUCUCAACUACACCCCAAGAGAUCUUUGCAUGUACGGUGGGAAGAAAGCCAAGCAAGGCCAAGUAUUAUCUCGAUGAUGUUGCUGAUGUGGUUCGAUUGCUUAAAGGGCUUGCCAAUGUUUCAGGACCAAAACCUGUCCAACUUGCAGAAUUCAAGGUUUUGUUUGACAGUGCAUGUUGAAUUGCUACAUUUUUUCCGGCUGCUCAUAUAUAUAUUUUUUUCUGCAUGUGUAUAACUCAGUCUCUAUUAUAUUUAUAUAUAUAUACAUGAAAAUGGUUUUAUGACAAAAAACCUUUUUUUUUAUUUUUUAUUUUUUACUCAUUCAAGUAUAACUUUGUUGGGUGGUUGUUAUUGUAUAUAACAGCAGAAAAUGUACAAGUAUUUUUGAUUGUUUUUUAAGGUUUGAUGAGAGAGCUU